GAGAGAGAGAGAGAGAGAGAGAGAGAUGGAAUUGGAGAAUUCCUCCGUCAUGACUGUCUCCAACUCUGGCUCCGGCGAGGCUAGUGUGUCCUCCUCCAGUCAGCAACAGCCCCCUGCGCCGCCGCCUCCACUUCCUCCGCCUUCGAUUCCGGGGGUAAAAAAGAAGAGGAACCUCCCCGGAAAUCCAGAUCCGGAGGCGGAGGUGAUCGCGCUGUCGCCGAAGACGCUGUUGGCCACCAACCGGUUCGUGUGCGAGAUCUGCAACAAGGGGUUCCAGCGGGACCAGAACCUGCAGCUGCACCGGAGGGGGCACAAUUUGCCGUGGAAGCUGCGGCAGCGGACGGGGAAGGAGGCGCGGAAGCGGGUGUACGUAUGCCCAGAGUCGAGCUGCGUGCACCACGACCCGUCGCGAGCACUUGGCGACCUCACUGGCAUUAAGAAGCACUUCUGCCGCAAGCACGGCGAGAAGAAGUGGAAGUGCGACAAGUGCUCCAAGAAGUACGCCGUUCAGUCCGACUGGAAGGCCCAUUCCAAGGUCUGCGGCACUCGCGAGUACCGCUGCGACUGCGGCACCCUCUUCUCCCGGAGGGAUAGCUUCAUCACCCACAGAGCAUUCUGCGACGCCCUGGCGGAGGAGAACGGGAAGAAAGGGGGAGCAGCGCCACCGACGAACUCAAGACCCCCAUCAGAGGAUGAUGGAAAGGCAGCUGCAGCUGCAGAAGCAACAGUAGCGGCAGCGGCGGAGGAAGCUCCGGCCGCGGUGGCGGCUCCGUCGUCGCCGCUACAGCAGGCAGCGCCACUGGAGCAGCAAGAGCUGGAGAAUCCAACCGAAUUGCUGCAGUACAUGCCGCCGCCUCCGGCCUCGAUCGCCCACGCCAGCGGCGCCAUCACCAGCAGCGGCAGUAGCAGUAGCAGCAGCAACACCAGCCUGUUCGCGAGCCUUUUCGCGUCCAGUGGCACCACCGCCGCAGCUCACAGCACCGCCACCUUGUCGGACCUUAUGGGUACGAUGAGCCACGUCGACCGGACACUCAUGGAUCCUCCCUUGCUUUGUCUUGCCACCAAUGGAGGGCCAGCAUCACUGUUCUCCCCGCAGGCGCAAGCUCAUGAUCGGCGCCCGUUCGCUCCGCCGCCUCCGUCCCCGCACAUGUCUGCGACUGCGCUGCUGCAAAAGGCAGCUCAGAUGGGUGCCGCAGCGACCGGCUCAUCCUUCCUCAAGGGAUUCGGCCUCGAUACUCCCACGGGGCAGCAAGAGAGCAUCCAGGAUAGCAGCCUGCAAUGGGGUCGUCGUCAUCACCACCACCAGCAACUGGAACCGGAGCCAGCACCGAUGCUAUCAGCCCAACUCGGACUCGGACUCGCUUGUGAGCCAGACCUGAUGAUGGGAUCCUCGCCAUUGUUCGGACCGAAGCCGGCGACGCUGGACUUGCUGGGUUUAGGAGUGGGGCCGCUCGCCGGUUCCACCAAUGUUAGAAUACCGGCAUUGAUGACUUCAAUAAGCAGCGGAGGUGUCGACAUUGGAUCAGGAGCGACCACCGGAGGGUGGGAAGGGGCGGAAAGAAAAGCCAAGUAGCCCCGCAGUUCUCCAGCCAAUCGACUCUGGCGCGCCGUAUUGUUAGUCCGGCAACCUAGUUCUCAGCGGCAGCUCGGAAGGGGAAGGGGAAGGGGUAGAGGAUGAGGUGGGGGGGCCUGCAUGUACUCCGUUUUGCACUAUUACAUCUCCAUCGGACAGCGUCAGAGCUGUUCUUUCCCCAUCUCAUCUGCUCAUUUUUUCUGUAUGUUUGUUCUGCUCUGGUUUUGGUAACGUACAGGAAAAAUAUAGUACUUGUACAUAUCGUUUAUUUAUGGUUCUUGAGACAUUGACGUGGGGUUCUUCAGCUUACCCAAAAGACUGGCAAGUGCUGCCAUUAUCCAACCUGAAAUAGAAGCUUGGCGGCUGGGGACGGAUGACACCGAACCCGUAAGUGGUGUUGGAGCACUGGGUUGGAUGCGUUCGUUCACCACGAAGAUAGGUCGAGGGGAUUUACAGCAGCUGAUUGCCAUGGACAAGCAACAAGAUGCAGGAAGCACUUCAGUUGUUCACAUGGAUUUCCUUCCGACUUCCCGUCUUCGCUUUCUCUUUCCACGUUCUGCGGCGGAGGUACAUGAUUUAGAGGGCUGCCUGUUGUAAGGAAAAAAUCAAAG